UCUCGCUGACGAGUCCUCUUGACAUUCACAUUCGCAGCCCGAGAAUGAGUGUUUGCAAAGGUGGCGUGGACGUUGCGAGCGCCGCGCUAACACAGCUUAUUACGUGAGAUUAAUUGAAAACGAUGUAAAAGGUGCAAGCAGUUAUUACAGACGCGACAUGGCGAUAAUGCAGACCUGCUGCUGCUGGCGUUCGGUACGUCGCGGCAGUUUCGCUUGUGCCGUUUACACCGUGUUUUAUUAUGCGGUAAUAGCGGUUACCUUGGCGUCGGUACUGCAGGAGGAAAGCCAGUAUCUAACAGGAAAUCGUUCGCAACCCAAGUCCAACAGCGUUCUCGUGGAGCAAGUGUCCCCCGUGACAAUGACGUUUAACAUCGCAUUACUUGUUUGCUCGUCUUUGGGUGUCAUUUGCUGCUUGCUACUCUUGUAUGGACUUUUCAAGGACGAGAAGAUGUUUCUGGUGCCGUGGAUUUGCAUAAUGAUUGCUUGCUGUGUUGUCGACAUCUCGCAUUUAAUAUAUGCUUUCAUCGGUCAGGGGCUCAAGUUCAAUCCGGUAACGGCAAUGAUUUUAACGAUCGACUUUUUCCUGAUGUGCCUGAAUAUAUAUGCGGUGCUGUGCGUUUAUUCGCAGUAUCAAGAGUACACCGUCGGUCGUGGCACUGCUGCUCACGAUUGCCCACAGAGGGUACCAACAGUCCGUUAUACGGUGCAACCAACGGCAACGGCAACUUCGUGUUUGAGUUCACGUCGGACUACCGCAACUACUGUUGAAGGACGUACACCUAUACAGAGUCCUACGACGUAUUUAACCAUCGUUCAUCCACCACCCAGCACCAAUCGACUAAUACUUCCUAGCAAUGAACUCAAACUACCUGGACGCAAGCACGUCAAAUUUCCCGAUGCAAUCGACCACGAUGUCAUCGAAAAAAUUGAUGAGACAUUUGCAAUACAGAUAUGCCCUGCUGAAGAGUCCGAUGAUGACGAAGAGGACGACGAAGAAGACGAGGAAGAAGAUGAGGAAGAAAUGGAUUACUACCACCGGCAACGACGUAAGAAUGGCACAACGAAAAACGGUCGAGUUUAGUGAAGUGGAACUCUGUUGUUAUACAGAAUGUGAUAUUGUUGGAAGUGUUGAAACAGUAUAUAGGCUAUCCAUGUUAUGAACAGUUGAUGAGCAUGAUUUUUUAUGGGUGAGUGAAAGAUAAGAUGCAUUUAUUUAAGAAAGAAGAUGAAUAUUAAAAUUAUUUUUUUUAUAACGAAAAAUUUUGGUACACUAAAAUAUUUAGCUAAAUUUAAUGUACGUAUUUAUAUAUGAGUUCAUAAACUUUAGUUAAUUUUGUAUAAAAGACUAAGCUUAAAAAACCUCUACUUUAAGAAUAUAUGAAAAAGAAAAUUAAUGGUUUUAGUCGGUUGUAAUAUUUUUGGAUAAUUAAAAUGCAAAAGUAGACCGUACAUGCAAACUUUUACUGAUUUUCUUGUAAAUAGAAGAAAAAUGCCUUUGAGGAGUCAGAUUAUCGCGAUUGAACUUUUCAAUACUUUUUAUUAUUAUGUAUGCGGCGUGUACCUCUUCAGCAGCAUCUUUAUUGAAGCCUAAUGUAUGUACUCUGAGAUAUAAUACAUUAUAGGCUGACGCGAGCAAAUGUUGUUCUACUUCAAAAGUUUGUUUUUGCGAUGAAAAAAUCACAGAGUAUUUAUAAUUUAGUCGUAUAAUGUAAAUAAAUACAACUGUAGCUUAUGAUGUGAUUGUUCCAUUGAUAUUACUGUGCAAUAUUCGAUGCAUCUAUAUUGACGGUUAAUUUCAAUAACGGUCUUAAUAUUUGACAAUUAGUUGAACACUAAGAUAGUUGGAUAUAUCUACAAAACCUUUUAUUUUUAAGUAAAACAUAAGGCUAACUGAAAAUUGAGCUCAAUACAUGUUCUAAUUUUUUGUUAACGAAAAAUUUUUCACGCAAUAGUAUAUUUGACUUCAAUAUGCAAUAUUGUUCUAGGAAGUAAAUUUUUUUUUUCAUUAUAAAUUUUAUUCUAUGUUUAUUCAAAAUUAAUCACAAUGAAACGAAACAAAACAAACGAAAGUUUUCAUAGACUUGCCUAAUAUAGAUAAAUUUCAUUAAUGAAACGUAUUUUUAUUUCUCGAAUGAAUAAAAUUACUCAGCGCAUUGUGAAAUGAGGUUCUAAAACCGAUCCUGUCCUAUAUCUAAACAUGAUUUUUGUAAUAAAACUGACUAUUAAUUUUUUUUUAUCUCCUAAUCUUAUACCAUUAAAUUAUAAAUAUUGUAAAUAGAUACAUUUGUAACAAAUAAUUACGAGUUUUCGAAUAAUUUUGUAAGAUACUUCUUCAACAACACUCCUUUAAAAAACUAGUUUAUGUAACUACGUUAAACAAUAUAAUAACAAAUAAUUAAGUGUGCACUUAAUAUUAUCCUUUGGACUGUAAAUAUGUUCUAAUGAAAUUUUAGUAAUA